AUGUGUACAGGGGUCCGCUGGGUCAUCCGGUGCUGUCGGUGCUGGACAAUCAUCAUGAAGAACAGCAAUAUCGCGGGCUACACAUGCCACAAAGCGCAGAUGAACCGGAAGAAGGGGUGUUGCAGGACUGGUGUUGAGUUCACAUCGUAUGAUAGGAUCGGUGAUGAGCUGUGUGUGCCUUGUGAGCUUGAGAUUGAGAUUCAAGUCCUGGAUGCGGAUACUUGCGAUGAGGGACAUAGUGAGGAGCGGGUUGGGUAUGAUGUUGAUGAUUGUUAUGAUAGCGAGGAUGAGGAGGAAGGGGGUGCUUUGUUGGUUUGGGGUGAUGAUUAA